GGCUGCGGCUCGAAGAGCAGAUCAGAUUCUGCAGAAGAAAGCCGGAGCAGCAGCCUGAAAACAUCUCCUACACGAGUGAGCGAGUGUUGACAGCGGAGCGAUGUCCGUCUCCACCCAGCUGGGUCUGCUGCUGUGGAAGAACUUCACCUACAGACGCCGACAGACGCUUCAGCUCCUGGUAGAGAUCAUCUGGCCGCUCCUCAUCUUCUUCAUCCUCAUCACCGUGCGCCUCAACUACCCUCCGUACGAACAGCACGAAUGUCAUUUUCCCAACAAGGCGAUGCCGUCGGCCGGCACGUUGCCAUGGCUACAGGGAAUCCUCUGCAACGCCAACAACCCGUGCUUCAGGAGCCCGACGCCGGGCGAGUCUCCGGGCGUCGUCGGGAACUUCAACGGCUCCAUAAUUUCUCGGAUGUUUUCAGACGCCAAGAAGAUUCUUCUCUACAGUCAGAAUGAUAAAAACCUCGACGGAUUCAAGGAACUCGCUCAGGCUCUCAAGGUCCUGCAGGAGAGCCAAUCAGGGUUCAAGUUGAAGCACUUCCUGCGGGACGGCGAGACUCUGACGGCGUUCCUGCUGAGAAACGCUUCGCUGUCCCAACACGAUGUCCAGAAGAUCACAGACGCCGACGUGGACCUGGAGAAGGUGCUCCUGAAGGGGUUCGGGGUCCACCUGAGGGACAUGUGUCCCAGGAAGGGCGGCCAGCAGACCGUGGACGACUUCGUGAGGAUCUCGGACCCUCAGGUGUCCGUGCAGAUACAGGAAGUGAUCUGUCAGGCGCCGGCCAGCUGGCUGGACCACGCUGAGGAGAACUUCCUCAACAACCUGGACUUCCUGAAGCCCAUCAAGAGGGACGUGACGUCCGACCCCGAGGCCGUCAAGCUGGUUGCCAGGGCGACCAACAACCUCCUGGACAGCCUGGGUUCGCUGGCGGUCGAGCUGGCCGGUAUGAACAGCUGGGUGGACCUGAGGAAGGAGAUCAUCUUCCUGACCCAGAACGCCACGUCCUCCCCCAGCACCAUGUACCAGGCCGUCUCCAGGAUCGUGUGCGGCCACCCAGAGGGGGGGGGCCUGCAGAUCAAGUCCCUCAACUGGUACGAGGACAGCAACUACAAGGCGCUGUUCGGUAACCACGGCAACAGCAGCGAGGACGAGACCGCCGCGCUCUACGACAACUCCUCCACUCCCUACUGUAACAGUCUGGUCCAGAGCAUGGACUCUAACCCGAUGUCCAGGAUGAUCUGGCAGGCUCUGAAGCCUCUGCUGCUGGGGAAGAUCCUGUACACGCCCCACACCCCCGCCACCCAGAGGGUCAUCCACGAGGUGAACCGGACCUUCCAGGAGCUCGGUGUGUUCAGGGACCUGGGCGGGAUGUGGGAGGAGAUGAGACCCAAAGUCUGGAAGUUCAUGGAGAACAGCGAGCAGAUGGACCUGCUCCGGACUCUGCUGAAGAACAACGUCACCGCCAGCUUCUUUGGAGCUCAGCUGAGCGGCACGGACUGGACGGUGGACGACGUCUCCUACUUCCUGUCCAAGCAGGCGCCGGACCCCCGCCGGCCGGGCGUCACCUGGAGGGAGGUGUUCAACGAGACGGACCAGGCCAUCAUGAGCAUCUCCCGCUUCAUGGAGUGUGUAAACCUGGAUAAACUGGAGCCUGUCUCCAGCGAGGAGCGGCUGGUGAACCGGUCCAUGGUUCUGCUGGAGGACAGGAAGUUCUGGGCGGGGAUCGUGUUCCCUGACGUUGAGCCCAACGCCACCGAGCUGCCGACCAAACUCAACUACAAGAUCCGCAUGGACAUCGACAACGUGGAGAGGACCAAUAAGAUCAAAGACGCGUACUGGGACCCCGGUCCCCGGGCCGACCCCUUUGAGGACAUGCGGUACAUCUGGGGCGGGUUCACGUACCUGCAGGACGUUAUCGAGCAAGGCAUCAUCAGAGCCAUGACGGGCACCAAGGAGAAGACGGGCGUCUACAUCCAGCAGAUGCCGUAUCCCUGCUACGUAGACGACAUCUUCCUGCGAGUGAUGAGCCGCUCCAUGCCUCUCUUCAUGACGCUGGCCUGGAUGUACUCGGUGGCGAUCAUCCUGAAGAGCGUGGUGUACGAGAAGGAAGCUCGGCUGAAGGAGACCAUGAGGAUUAUGGGAUUGAACAACGGCAUCCUGUGGUUCAGCUGGUUCAUCAGCAGCCUGAUUCCUCUGCUGGUCAGCGCUGGGCUGCUGGUGCUGCUGCUCAAGAAGGGGAACCUGCUGCCCUACAGCGACCCCGGCGUGGUCUUCCUCUUCCUGGGAUCCUUCGCUGUGGUAACCAUCAUGCAGUGCUUCCUCCUCAGCACGGCGUUCGCCCGCGCCAACCUAGCGGCCGCCUGCGGAGGGAUCAUCUACUUCACGCUCUACCUGCCCUACGUGAUGUGUGUCGCCUGGGAGGACUACAUCGGCUUCGGAGCCAAAGUCUUCGCCAGCUUCCUGUCCCCCGUGGCGUUCGGGUUCGGCUGCGAGUACUUUGCCCUGUUCGAGGAGCAGGGGGUCGGCAUCCAGUGGAAGAACCUGGUGUCCAGUCCCCUGGAGGAGGACGACUACAGCCUCCGCACCUCCAUCAUCAUGAUGUACGUCGACUCCUUCCUCUACGGAGUCCUCACCUGGUACAUCGAGGCCGUGUUCCCAGGUCAGUACGGGAUCCCUCGGCCCUGGUACUUCCCCCUCAGUAAGUCCUACUGGUUCGGAGAGAAGGAAGGAAAGUCCAACAGCGUUCCUCUGAGCCGGAGAGGAAACCCAGAAGCGGUGUGCAUCGAGGAGGAGCCGGCUCACCUGCAGCCCGGCGUCUACAUCGAGAACCUGGUGAAGGUUUACCGUCACGGGAAGAAGCUGGCGGUGGACGGACUCACGCUCGGCUUCUACGAGGGACAGAUCACGUCCUUCCUGGGACACAACGGAGCCGGGAAAACCACCACCAUGUCCAUCCUGACGGGUCUGUUCCCUCCCACCUCUGGUACCGCCUACAUCCUGGGCAGAGACAUCCGGACGGAGCUGAGCGCCAUCAGACAGAGUCUGGGAGUCUGUCCUCAACACAACGUCCUCUUCAGCAUGCUGACGGUGGAGGAACACAUCUGGUUCUACGGCCGGCUCAAAGGUUUGUCGGAGCAGCAGGUGAAAGGCGAGAUCGAGCAGAUCCUGCAGGACACGGGGCUGCCGCACAAACGCAGCGCCCGGGCCAACGCGCUGUCUGGAGGCAUGCAGAGGAAACUCUCGGUGGCGCUGGCCUUCGUCGGGGGGUCCAAGGUCGUGAUCCUGGAUGAACCCACGGCCGGAGUCGACCCGUACGCUCGCAGAGGAAUCUGGGACCUGCUGCUGAAGUACCGGCCUGGGCGGACCAUCAUCCUGUCAACGCACCACAUGGACGAGGCGGACAUUUUGGGCGACCGCAUCGCUAUUAUCUCCCACGGGAAGCUGUGCUGCGUGGGCUCGUCUCUGUUCCUGAAGAACCAGCUGGGGACGGGCUACUACCUGACGCUGGUGAAGAAGGAACCGGAACCAUCGCUCAGCUCCUGCAGGAACUCCUGCAGCACCGUGUCCUUCAGCAAGAAGGAGGAGGAGUGUGCGUCUGUCAGCAGCAGCGACGCCGGACUCGGCAGCGAGCAUGAAAGUGAAGCAGCUGCCAUCGAAAGCGUCCCAGCGGCGUGCGCCCCCUGCCCCCCCGACUUGUCGCUGGUCUCGGGUCUGAUCCUGGGCCACGUCCCCGCCGCCCGCCUGGUGGAGGACCUGGGACACGAGCUGACCUACGUGCUGCCCUACUCGGCCGCCAAGGACGGGGCCUUCGUGUCUCUGUUCAGAGAGCUGGACCUGAAGCUGCCAGACCUCAACAUCUCCAGCUACGGUGUCUCAGACACCACGCUGGAGGAGAUUUUCCUGAAAGUGGCCGAAGAUAACGGAGUCGACACUGACGUUCCCUCAGACGGGACCCUCCCUGUCCCGAGGCGGCGGAGGAGGAAUCAUGCGUUCGGAGGCGGAGACCAUCAGAGUUGUCUGAGACCGUUAACGGAGGACGACAACAACGACUGUAAUGAGUCUGACGGAGAUCCUGAGAGCCGAGAGACGGACUGGCUCAGCUCUUCAGACGGGAAGGGCUCGUAUCAGGUGAAGGGCUGGAGUCUGAAGAAGCAGCAGUUUGUGGCUCUGAUGUGGAAACGAUUUCUCAACGCUCGACGCUCCCGCAAGGGCUUCUUCGCUCAGAUUGUUCUCCCGGCGGUGUUUGUGUGCAUCGCGCUGGUCUUCAGUGUCAUCGUCCCUCCGUUUGGGAAGUAUCCGAGUCUGGAGCUGCAGCCCUGGAUGUACGAGGACCAGGUCACCUUCAUCAGUGAUGACGCCCCCGGAGACGUCAACAUGCAGAAGUUACUUGGUGCUCUGUUGGACGCGCCAGGCUUCGGGACUCGCUGCAUGGAGGGACAUCCCAUCCCAGAGGCUCCGUGUACGAUGGGCGAUGACGGCUGGAGAACUCCUGAGGUCCCUGAAAGCAUCACGCAGCUGUUCAGCUCGUCCAACUGGACGAUGGACGACCCGUCUCCGGCGUGCGUCUGCAGCUGUGACGGCAACAAGAAGAUGCUGCCAGACUGUCCCGCUGGAGCUGGGGGGCUCCCACCACCAGAGAUGAAGCUGAGCGCCACCGACUCUCUUCAGAACCUGACGGGGAGAAACAUCUCCGACUACCUGGUGAAAACAUACGCCGACAUCAUCGGCAAGAGUUUGAAGAACAAAGUUUGGGUGAAUGAAUUCAGGUACGGAGGGUUCUCAUUGGGCGCCAGGAGCACUCAGGUCCUCCCACCGGCCAAUGAGGUCGACGACGCCAUCGAGCGAAUCAGAAAGAUCUUCGAGUUACAGAAGGGCGCAGCUGCAGAUCGAUUCCUCGACAAUUUGUCCGGUUUCAUUAACGGUUUGGACACGAAGAACAAUGUCAAGAUCUGGUUCAACAACAAAGGCUGGCACAGCAUCGGCGCCUUCAUCAACGUGAUGAACAACGGCAUCCUGCGCGCCAACCUGCCGCCGGGCCGGGACGCCAGUCGCUACGGCAUCAGCGCCUUCAACCAUCCUCUGAACCUCACCAAGGAGCAGCUGUCACAGGUCGCUCUGGUAACGACCUCCGUGGAUGUCCUGGUGUCCAUCUGUGUUAUCUUCGCCAUGUCCUUCGUCCCCGCCAGCUUCGUGGUCUUCCUCAUCCAGGAGCGAGUCAGCAAAGCCAAACACAUGCAGUUCAUCAGCGGCGUGCAGCCGCUGCUCUACUGGGUGGCCAACUUCAUCUGGGACAUGUGUAACUACGUCGUCCCGGCAACGCUGGUCAUCAUCAUCUUCAUCAGUUUCCAGCAGAAAGCCUACGUCUCCUCCACCAACCUGCCGGUGCUCGCACUGCUGCUGCUGCUCUACGGCUGGUCCAUCACUCCUCUGAUGUACCCAGCAUCGUUCUUCUUUAAGAUCCCGAGCACGGCGUACGUCGUCCUCACCAGCGUCAACAUCCUGAUCGGCAUCAACGGGAGCAUCUCUACCUUCGUCAUGGAGCUGUUUGGGAACAAUGAGAUCGGAGGAAUCAACGACAUCCUGAAGAACGUCCUGCUCAUCUUCCCUCACUUCUGUCUCGGCCGAGGACUCAUCGACAUGGUGAAGAACCAGGCCAUGGCCGACGCCCUGGAGAGAUUUGGUGAGAACAGGUUCCGCUCUCCUCUGGAGUGGGACAUGGUGGGGAAGAACCUGUUCGCCAUGGCUGUGGAGGGAGUCGUGUUCUUCAUCAUCACCGUCCUCAUCCAGUACAGAUUCUGCAUCAAACCCAGGCCGGUCAGUACACUCACCAAACUGGGCCCUCUGGGAGAAGAGGAUGAGGACGUGGCCCGAGAGAGACAGAGGAUUGUCCACGGCCUCGGACACGGAGACAUCCUGGAGCUGAGACAGCUCACCAAGGUGUUUAAGAGGAAACAGAAGCCAGCGGUGGACCGACUGUGUGUGGGGAUUCCUCCUGGAGAGUGUUUCGGGCUGCUUGGUGUGAACGGAGCCGGGAAGACGACUACCUUUAAGAUGUUGACCGGAGACACCAUGGUGACCAGUGGGGAGGCCUUCCUGGCCGGGAAGAGCAUCCUGAGGGAGAUUGAUGUGGUCCAUCAGAACAUGGGUUACUGUCCUCAGUUUGACUCGAUCAACGAGCUGCUGACAGGACGAGAACAUCUGGAGCUGUACGCCGUCCUGAGAGGCGUCCCCGAGAAGGAAGUCUGCGACGUGGCUGAGUGGGGGAUCAGGAAGCUGGGUCUGUUGAAGUAUUCUGAUAAGGCAGCAGGAAGUUACAGCGGAGGAAACAUGAGGAAACUGUCCACCGCCAUGGCGCUGAUCGGAGCUCCACCGGUCGUCUUCCUGGACGAGCCGACCACGGGCAUGGACCCUAAAGCUCGCCGUGCUCUCUGGAACUGCAUCCACAGCAUCAUCAAGGAGGGACGCUCCGUCGUCCUCACCUCACACAGUAUGGAGGAGUGUGAGGCUCUGUGUACCAGGAUGGCCAUCAUGGUGAACGGCAGGUUCAGAUGUCUCGGCAGCGUCCAACACCUCAAGAACAGGUUCGGGGACGGGUACACCAUCAUCCUGCGGGUGGGGGGGCCGGACGCCGACCUGCUGCCCGUCAUGAAGUUCAUCGAGAGCGAGCUGAGCGGCAGCACGCUGAAGGAGAAGCACCGCAACAUGCUGCAGUACCAGCUGCCCUCCUCUCUCACCUCGCUCACACACAUCUUCAACAUCCUCGCCCAAAACAAAGACACGCUGAGGAUCGAAGACUACUCCGUCACCCAGACAACGCUGGACCAGGUGUUUGUGAACUUUGCGAAGGACCAGAGUGAUGACUAUCACUCCAAAGACAACUCGGUGAGACGGCGAGACGUGGCCAUCGAGGUCGGCGUGCUGAGUGGUAACCACGGAGACGCUGGCGGUGCCGCGGCGCUGGGGGAGAGCGUCAUGUGACACCGCUGUGAUGUCACAGCUGAGUCCUGUGGGCGGAGCUACCUGCCGCCUCGUGCCAGUCAAUGCAAGCGUUUAAAGACACUUGAACAGUCAGACUUCCUGCUGACGCCUUCUUCUUCUUCUUCUUCUUCUUCUUCUUCUUCUUCUUCUUCUUCUUCUUCUUCUUCUGGGACUGACCCGCUGCCUUUAAUGAACCCGCCCGUCAGCGCUGGAAUGUAACUAAAUACAUUUACUCCAGUACUGUACACACACACACACACACACACACACACACACACACACACACACACACACAGACACACACAC